UAUUACUGUGAUAAGAUGGGCUUUGAGCCUUUGGCCUACAAAGGUUUGGAGACUGGCAGCCGAGAGAUAGUGUCCCAUGUCAUCAAACAGGACAAGAUAGUGUUUGCAUUUGAAACUGCCCUGAAUCCAGGAAAUGAAGAAAUGGGAGAACACUUGAUGAAGCAUGGCGACGGGGUGAAAGACAUUGCUUUCCAAGUGGAAGACUGUGACUUCUUGGUCAAGAAAGCUAAGGACCGAGGGGGUGUGAUCGUCAAAGAACCCUGGGUGGAGCAGGACAGCCAUGGGAGAGUCAAAUACGCUGUGGUUCAAACGUAUGGAGAUACAACACAUACACUCAUCGAGUACCUUGGAGCCUACAAGGGCCUGUUUCUACCAGGUUACAAAGAGCCCCUGUUCAGUGAUCCCCUGCUACCCAAACUUCCACCAGCAGGUCUGAGCUUCAUUGAUCACAUUGUGGGAAACCAGCCAGAUGACCAAAUGGUGCCUGUGUCAGACUGGUAUCAGAAGUGUUUGCUGUUCCAUCGAUUCUGGUCAAUAGAUGACAAGCAGAUCCACACGCAGUACAGUUCACUGAGGUCCAUAGUGGUAACAAACUAUGAGGAGACCAUCAAGAUGCCCAUCAAUGAACCUGCGCCGGGCAAAAAGAAGUCACAAAUCCAGGAAUAUGUGGACUACAACGGGGGUCCAGGUGUUCAGCACAUCGCCCUCAACACGUCAAACAUCAUUCAGUCUAUAGUCAACCUGCGUGCCCGAGGGAUGGAGUUCCUCUCAGCGCCUGACACGUACUAUGACACCCUGCGGGAGAAACUCAAAACCGCCAAGAUCAAGGUGAAGGAGGACCUCAACCGUUUACAGGAGUUGAAAAUCUUGGUGGAUUUUGAUGACAAGGGCUACCUCCUCCAAAUCUUCACCAAACCUGUGCAGGACAGACCAACCCUUUUCUUGGAGGUCAUUCAGAGGAACAACCACUCAGGGCUUUGGGCAGGAAACUUCAAGUCUCUGUUUGAGGCCAUUGAGAAGGACCAGGACGCCAGGGGCAACCUCACUGUGCUGACACCCGAAGGACAGCCCAAAGCCUUCUACUGAUCCCCCAGAGUUGCA